AUGCAACAGCCUUCCCAGCCUACCUCUCCCGCCGUCCCUGCCAGCGAUGGGUCAGCUAAACCGUCCCACCGUGGCGAAGCCCAUGCGGACCCCUACAUCGAACGCCUGCGCGCCGCAUCCCUCGUUAAGUCCCCCAACAAGAGAGUCAACGCCGAGCCGCUGUCCUCCGGCGUCAUCAACCCGUGGACCUCCCCGAGGGCCGUCUCGCCGACGAGCCGUUCUGGUGUCUCUUACGCAGACAUGGUGUCCCGCCCUUCGACGCCUACGGUUCUCCUCUCCCUGAAAAAAGAAAAUGCGCGGGCCGCGGCGCCGACGCAACACAGUAACGCGACGACGGCAGACGCGACCGCACCCGCUGUCUCCACCUCGACGACGACCGAGGUGAUCGAUGUAGAUGCAGACACGACCGAGGUGGCCGUUAAAGAGGAAGAAGACUUAGAACUGAACGCUCUGGCCCUGAGACGCACCCGCUCGGGCAAGCAGCUUACGGUAGCGAAGAUGAAGAAUAAGAAGCAGCGCUCCAAGAAGAACGCAAAAGCUGCCGGGAAGAUGCCGGCGACCAUCGGUAAAGGACUGACGGGACCAUCCUCGCUUGUCAUGCAGGACGCCCAGCAGACUGAACCCACCCCUCGCUCCGUUAGUGACGUACGGAAGAGACGACGCGCCUCCACCGACAUCGACGGAGAUGCCGCGACAGCCGGAACCGUGACCCGCAUGCAAGACGCUACGGCUGUGACUAACUCGGGCGAGCAGGCCGUCUACGUACACGAUAUCGGUGAAAUCCUGGGAUUCCCGCGCUUCGAGUACUCACCAGGCCCCUCCGGAGGUGACCGCGCUGACCCGGAUGCGAUGUCCGCUCCGAAUCCCGAGCUGGGAGAUGUCGAGAUGUACGCCCCCACCCCGGUGUCUGAACAGGCGUCGGGCGUGACGAUGAGGUACGCGGAGAAGCAGCCCAGCUUCACAUACGCUCGGCGCGGACCAGACGGCUCCUAUUCGACGCAGCACAUCCGGUCGACGGACCAAAGCACGUACCUGACACGUAGCACCGUCCUCCAUGAAGGAGACUUCGAUGACAUGUACGUGGAAACAAGGCCGCCCAUGUUCGGCACGGCAUAUACGACGGCUGGACCCUCGACACAAGCCCAGGGCCCCAGCACGGCUCCCCGACUGAGAACACAAGGCCGGAACACCACUGUCGAUGAUAUGAAUGCGGGAGAUCGAGGAGGCCAGUCGAACAUCACGCUCCCCCCGCACAGACCACAACAUCUCUCGCCAGCACCGGGCCCCGCUAACCACUCCUGGGAUGACGCGAAUCCACCGCACGCUUUCAGACGACCGCGCUCGCCUUCCGUGUUGCACCCUCACCCGGUGCACUACGCACCCGGGCCCUUCCCAAACUUCCUCCCUGCCGCUCCUGACGAACCCGCAGUCCCCGCACAACCUGCGGUCCCCACCGGCCCUAUUCAGCCGCUAGCUCCGGCUCAGGGAGCGCCGCCACCGCUCGCGAUGACGCGCCCACCAGCAGACGGGUGGCCCCGCAUCCAAGGCAACGUUCUCGACCUACCGUAUCAGAAUGUAUCACCCGCCCAGGCAGCCGAAUGGAGGAAAGCAACUGAUAAGCACGUCUUCAUACACUUCCCGGGCCGUGGCGUGCACGAUCGAGGGAACUUCGGACGUCUCUGCGCCGCGGACGCUAUCCUCCGCACGUCCCUAGGAGUCCUCACUCCUAGCAUCACCCAACCAAUUGCAGCGGUCCCUCCUACCCUACCUAACUCUAACCCGAUCUACUACCGCGUUGGGAACCUAACGACGGCUCAACGCGACCGCCUGCUGCGUGAAGGCUGGGUCUCGACGAACGAUGGCACUUUCGGGAUCAUCUCCUCCGACCCCAUCCCACCGACUUUCAUCGGCGCCUGGAGGCAUCCUGAGAGGCUGGGCGCGACGACCGCGGAAGGAAUGGCUCACGGUUUCGUAGAAGGAAUGGAGUCCGAAGAGAUGUUCCAAUGCAUCGAGCUCACCCUGACGACGGACAUAGGCUCAGGCGGUCGAUGGCGCCAUGUUACGGUGAGGGAAGCGCACCGAUUCAUUAUUAACUCGAUCAAGGUCAGGAAAAUCAUGCUGCGCAUGUCCCGAGACGACGAAGAAGAACCGGUAGCCCUGCUCUACAUGGAGUCCCCCACCGCUGACGCCACAGCAUGGGCCAACUUCCGUGAACGCGUACGUAGCUUCCAGUUCGGAGGUCCGUACGCUGGACCUCCAGAACUCAUCACACGCCCCUUCUACUGCUUGUACUGCCACUCCGUGGACCACCCGACCCACGCCUGCAUCCUCCCGACGACUCCUGGAGCCAGGACCAGCACGGACGCGGUGGUAGAGGUGGCAGAGGAGGCAGAGGUGGUCGUGGAAGAGGAAAUGGGCGAGGCCGCGGCCGUCGUAAUGGAGACUCUUCUGGACAGCAGGGCGCGGGGCCCGUCUGAGCGACCGCCGUGGUGA